CUUUAUGACCGCAGUCUUUACAACUGCUCCUUGUUUUGUCCAACGAGGUAUGAGGUAAUCAAUCUCUCUCCUCCACCCAAUAGCCAUUUUUGAGCUAUCUUCGAAAGAUGUCAAACUGUACAGUUGAGUCCACCACAGUAGAGACCAGUGAUGGAGUGAAGCUCCGGACAAGGGUUUUCAAGCCGAAAGAAGAUGAGAUCAAAGACAAUUUGGUGAUUGUUCUUGUCCAUCCAUUUUCAAUCUUAGGUGGUUGUCAAGCUCUUUUGAAAGGCAUAGCAAUUGGGUUAGCUGAGAAAGGUUAUAGGGCUGUGACCUUUGACAUGAGAGGUGCCGGAAGGUCUACAGGAAGACCUUCUCUAACUGGUUUUUCAGAAAUCAAAGAUGUAAUCGCUGUCUGCAAAUGGGUUUGUGACAAUCUUUCUACGGACAGGAUUUUGUUGGUGGGUUCCUCGGCAGGUGCGCCGAUCGCAGGUUCUGCAGUAGAUGAGAUAAAGGAGGUGGUUGGAUAUGUUAGUCUGGGAUACCCUUUUGGCAUGAUGGCUUCAGUCCUUUUCGGGCGACAUCAUAAAGCCAUCUUACAGUCUCCAAAACCGAAACUCUUUGUAAUGGGAACCCGGGACGGGUUUACCAGUGUUAAGCAGUUACAGAACAAGCUGAGUUCUGCUUCAGGCCGUGUCGAAACACAUCUAAUUGAAGGAGCAGGCCACUUCCAAAUGGAAGGUCCAGCUUAUGAUGAUCAAAUGGCAAACCUUAUCCUCACGUUUAUUGCAUCUUUAUAGCAGUUAGUUUCUGGCAGUCUCUGAAUUUUGAUGGUUCAGAUUGCCUCCUGUGGUCAGAGUAUUGUGUGUAUGAUUUGCAUGUGCUGAUUUUAUCUUUUGUUAAAUCGCAGGGUGUGAUUGAUGGUUUAUAUAAAGCCUGGUGCCAUCACGUUGAAAAUGAAAA